GUUGACCCUGCGUAAUCGCGUUGAGGUUACUGUCGCUUAACCUCCGAUUGGCACUUAGUUGAACUUUGUAUUCGGCUAAGCGGCAAGCUGGUGUUCUUAUGUUAUCAGGCUUCGAACGGAAACGAGGUAUAACAUCACCAUCAAACACACGCGUUAUACGGAGCUUCACGGUUAUGCAUUCCGUUUUUUGGUUAGUUUAUUAUCAGCAGCGGAAGAAGAACCGGCCUGUUAUCAACGCUCCCAGCAAUUCUAGAAGCUAUUCGCAGUGUUUCAGUGUAUCAUUUGCGCUUCUGGGCCUAGUGAGACAAGUUGAAAUUUUGAUUGUGCUAAGUUGUUCUUAAUCAUGUAUCGUCUAACUCGGUUUAUACUGUUGGCUGUUAUCGUGGCUUCGAUCAGUGGUGAACCGAAAGCUAGCAAUAAAGGAGAGGAAGUGCAUCGUAACAACCAGCACAGUUCAGCCGUUUGGGGAUUUCCUUUGGAGGUGCUACGAACGGAACAUGACACGAUCCGGUACCAGCUCCAAUUGUUACAUCAAGAUGUACAAGACCAACGAGAAUCCAAUGUGAAAAACCAAGAGCUAUUGAUACAAACUCUUGAACUGUUGGCCAAGAUGCAACUAGAAAUGCAACAGAGGCACACGGAGUCACAACAGACAAUUGCGGACAUCCAGCGCAAACAGGAACAGAACAGGAAUUCAUUCGAUAGCAUAACGGAAAAGCUGGACGAAUUGAAGUCCACAUUAUUUACACAAGGAGUAGAAGACAAGAAAAAUCAAAAAGAAAGCGAAAACCGUAUGGAGCAAUUAGACCGCGAUCAUAAGCAGAUGCAAAACUCAUUGUUGGAUAUUCAACUGGGUUAUCGAAGCUGUAAGGAUGUCCCCAUGAAAGUAUCCGGGAAGUAUAAAAUCCGUGUCAAUAAUGAAUCUGCUUCAUUCGAAGCAUAUUGCAACCAGCAGCAGGUUGGUGGCGGUUGGAUGGUCAUUCAGCAGCGCUGGGAUGGUACAGAGAACUUCAAUCGCAACUGGACUGACUAUUGGCUUGGCUUUGGUGAAGUCGACCGCGAACAUUGGCUAGGAUUAGAGCGAAUUCAUCAGUUUACGAAGAAGCACAAUUGUGAGCUGCUGGUCGAGUUAAUAGACUUCAACUCUACCUUCAAACACGCUUGGUACGACUCAUUUGCUAUCGGCUCUGCAGCAGAGGGGUAUAAUCUUAAAACUCUCGGAACAUACAAGGGAACAGCCGGAGAUUCAUUAAAGCAACAUAAAGGAAUGAAAUUUUCGACCCCUGAUAGGGAUAAAGAUAGUUCUGCUGGUUCCAAUUGUGCGAAAGAAUAUCAAGGAGGAUGGUGGUUCCACGCUUGUCACAAUUCCUUUCUGAAUGGAUUGUAUCGAAAUGUUACUGGGCUGACUGAGGAAAGAAUUUCCUGGAGUAGCUUCAGCGACGAUUAUCGAGGGCUUUACUAUUCUCGAAUGAUGAUACGUCCAUUGCACUAG